AUGGGUGGUUGCUUCUCUUCUCCUCGCCCCUACGGCGGCAUGGGCGGCGGCGGCUUCGGCCCUGGACCCCGUCCGCAUCCCGGUCCAGGAUUUGGUGGUGGUGGUGGAAUGAUGGGUGGCGGUGAAUGGGGUGGUCAUCACCAUGGUGGUCCAGGAUUCGGACAUGGAGGACCUGGAGGGCCAGGAGGCUUUGGCGGUCCCGGAGGAGGCUUCGGAGGCCCUGGAGGCCCUGGGGGAGGCUUUGGUGGGCCAGGCGGUGGCGGUGGCUUUGGGGGUCCGGGCGGAGGCGGAGGUGGAGGUCCUGGCGGUCAUGGUGGAUGGUAA